CUCGAACAUGAAUAGUGAUAAAUAGGCUGAAGCAUGCGCCUGUUCUGUGUUAUAACCAACACUCAAUUAGUCUCCAGAGUAGCAUUAAUAAGUUUCCGAGUCCCCCAAACACCUUGAACUUCAAAAUGUUCAAGCACAUCCUCUUCCUCGCUACCACUAUUGUGGCUGCAAUAGCCAUUCCUGGCGAUGCCCCAGACCCCUAACAAGUGAGCAUUCGGGCAUUGCCUAGGCUGGCUCUGGAUGCCCUGCCAAUAGUGUGGGGCAAUUUCUCUCCACUGAUGCCUCAACGUAGACUCUCUUCCACGUAUAACCUGGAUUGCAUGCUGACAGAGCCUUUCUCCAGCUUUACUGCUGAAGUUGGAGCAACUACCCAGCCCAUGGACGCUCGCAAAUUCUGCCAGAUCAACCUCGACCUUCAUUAUCCCCAGGGAUUUCAAUUCUCAGUCCUAAGUACUACGUUCCGCGGUUUCGUCGGCCUGGACAAGGGCGUAACUGCCACACUAUCUGCUCUGUACUAUUUCUCUGGCCCGAACCAAAACCAGGUUACAACAUCGACCAUGUUCCACGGACCUGAGUUUGAACCAUAUACCGCCGUCUCCAACGUCGAUUUUACGUCCCUCGUUUGGUCGCCGUGUGGCGCUAAUUGGCCAUUGAAUGUGCAAACUGCUGUCGCUGUUGUAAGCGAUAAUGCAACAGCACACAGUGGAUUCAUUGAGAACGAUUCCGCAGAUGGGAACAUCAAAUUUGUUGCUGGUAUUAGUGGCGACGCUGCAACCCAGCAGCUGCUUAAAUGUGCAUUCGCAGAUGAAAGGUUGGGUGUGGUGACGUUGGUUUUCGAAUUGCUGUUUGGAUUUCUUAUUUGCCUGCAUGUUGUGGCGGUAGAUGAGAGAAAUCCAGCGCGAUGCCGGUUUCAACAGGUUUUUGAUUCAUUUGUGGAUCAGUGAACAACCACCUUUGCUGGGCUUCGAAAAGUGUUUCUUGAUCGAACAGUGACGAUUGCAUUCUGAAUAUCUUAAAUCGAAUUGAGCUUGGCGCCUUUCAUUCCCGAUUGAGAUUGAAGUGCAAAAGGAAUAUGAGAAGUUAUAUUGCCGGUCCAGAGUAGUGACGGAAUUUGAUUGCCACACCGUUUAAGGCAUACUCAACUAUGACUUUGUUGUUUCAAAUUUAGCAGGAGCUAGU